AUGCCAACUGAAACAACCAUUGGUAUCGAGUUUGGAUCGCAAGUAGUCCGUGUGCAGGACAAGCGAGUUAAACUUCAGAUUUGGGACACUGCAGGUCAGGAAAGCUUUAGAUCCAUCAGUCGCGCAUACUACAGAGGUGCUAUUGGAUGUCUACUUGUUUAUGAUAUCACAAGAAGAGAUACAUUUAUGCAUCUGAUGAGUUGGUUGGAUGAUGUGCAUCAGCAUGGCAAUGACAAAGUAAUGACUAUUCUUGUUGCCAACAAGUGUGACCUGGAGGCUAAACGCCAAGUGACCAAGGAAGAAGGCGAGGCAUUUGCAAAAAAACAUGGAUUAUUGUAUCUGGAAACAUCUGCCAAGACUGGAUUUCAAGUUGAGCAAGCCUUUUUGGUUCUUGGUACCAACAUUUUCAAUUCGCUAGAUUUGUCAAGAGAUGUGUCGCAGCUUUCUGGCAAGUGUCUUGCAUUUGUUAUCUUUAGCUUCAAUCUCUGA